AUGCGGCCUAGCGUAUGCAAAAUUGCAAGAAUAAGGUCCCAGCGAGUGCAAAAUUGCACCCGCCCCAUUCUCCCCCUUUCCAUCACCCCGCCCCAUUCUCCCACUUUCCAUCACCCCGCCCCAUUCUCCCACUUUCCAUCACCCCGCCCCAUUCUCCCGCUUUCCAUCACCCCGCCCCAUUCUCCCGCUUUCCAUCACCCCGCCCCAUUCUCCCGCUUUCCAUCACCCCACCCCAUUCUCCCGCUUUCCAUCACCCCGCCCCAUUCUCCCGCUUUCCAUCACCCCGCCCCAUUCUCCCGCUUUCCAUCACCCCGCCCCAUUCUCCCGCUUUCCAUCACCCCGCCCCAUUCUCCCGCUUUCCAUCACCCCGCCCCAUUCUCCCGCUUUCUAUCACCCCGCCCCUUUCUCCCGCUUUCCAUCACCCUGCCCCAUUCUCCCUCCUUCCAUCACCCCGCCCCAUUCUCCCUCCUUCCAUCACCCCGCCCCAUUCUCCCUCCUUCCAUCACCCCGCCCCAUUCUCCCGCUUUCCAUCACCUCACCCCAUUCUCCCGCUUUCCAUCACCCCGCCCUAUUCUCCCGCUUUCCAUCACCCCGUUCCAUUCUCCCGCUUUCCAUCACCCCGCCCCAUUCUCCCGCUUUCCAUCACCCCGCCCCAUACUCCCGCCUUCUAUCACCACGCCCCAUUCUUCCACUUUCCAUCACCCCGUCCCAUUCUUCCACUUUCCAUCACCCCGUCCCAUUCUUCCGCUUUCCAUCACCCCGCCCCAUUAUCCCGCUUUCCAUCACCCCGCCCCAUUCUCCCGCUUUCCAUCACCCCGCCCCAUUCUCGCACUUUCCAUCACCCCGCCCCAUUCUCCCGCUUUAUCACCCCGCCCCAUUCUCGCACUUUCCAUCACCCCGCCCCAUUCUCCCGCUUUCCAUCACCCCGCCCCAUUCUCCCGCUUUCCAUCACCCUGCCCCAUUCUCCCGCUUUCCAUCACCCCGCCCCAUUCUCCCGCUUUCUAUCACCCCGCCCCUUUCUCCCGCUUUCCAUCACCCUGCCCCAUUCUCCCUCCUUCCAUCACCCCGCCCCAUUCUCCCUCCUUCCAUCACCCCGCCCCAUUCUCCCUCCUUCCAUCACCCCGCCCCAUUCUCCCUCCUUCCAUCACCCCGCCCCAUUCUCCCGCUUUCCAUCACCCCGCCCCAUUCUCCCACUUUCCAUCACCUCACCCCAUUCUCCCGCUUUCCAUCACCCCGCCCUAUUCUCCCUCUUUCCAUCACCCCGCCCCAUUCUCCCGCUUUCCAUCACCCCGCCCCAUUCUCCCGCUUUCAAUCACCCCGCCCCAUUCUCCCGCUUUCUAUCACCACGCCCCAUUCUCCCACUUUCCAUCACCCCGUCCCAUUCUUCCGCUUUCCAUCACCCCGCCCCAUUAUCCCGCUCUUCAUCACCCCGCCCCAUUCUCCCGCUUUCCAUCACCCCGCCCCAUUCUCCCGCUUUCCAUCGCCCUGCCCCAUUCUCCCGCUUUCCAUCACCCCGCCACAUUCUCCCUCCUUCCAUCACCCCGCCCCAUUCUCCCUCCUUCCAUCACCCCGCCCCAUUCUCCUGCUUUCCAUCACCCCGCCCCAUUCUCCCGCUUUCCAUCAUCCCGCCCCACUCUCCUGCUUUCCAUCACCCCGCCCCGUUCUCCCGCUUUCCAUCACCCCGCCCCAGUCUCCCGCUUUCCAUCACCCCGCCCCAUUCUCCCGCUUUUCCGUCACCCCGCCCCAUUCUCCCGCUUUCCAUCACCCCGCCCCAUUCUCACGCUUUCCAUCACCCCGCCCCAUUCUCCCGCUUUCCAUCGCCCCGCCCCAUUCUCCCGCUUUCCAUCACCCCGCCAUUUUCUCCCUCCUUCCAUAACCCCGCCCCAUUCUCCCUCCUUCCAUCACCCCGCCCCAUUCUCCUGCUUUCCAUCACCCCGCCCCAUUCUCCCGCUUUCCAUCAUCCCGCCCCACUCUCCUGCUUUCCAUCACCCCGCCCCGUUCUCCCGCUUUCCAUCACCCCGCCCCAGUCUCCCGCUUCCCAUCACCCCGCCCCGUUCUCCCGCUUUUCCGUCACCCCGCCCCAUUCUCCCGCUUUCCAUCACCCCGCCCCAGUCUCCCACUUUCCAUCACCCCGCCCCAUUCUCCCGCUUUCCAUCACCCCACCCCAUUCUCCCGCUUUCCAUCACCCCGCCCCAUUCUCCCGCUUUCCAUCACCCCGCCCCAUUCUCCCGCUUUCCAUCACCCCACCCUAUUCUCAGGCUUUCCAUCACCCCGCCCCAUUCUCCCGCUUUCCAUCACCCCGCCCCGUUCUGCCUCCUUCCAUCACCCCGCCCCGUUCUCCCUCCUUCCAUCACCCCGCCCCGUUCUCCCGCUUUCCAUCACCCCGCCUCGGUCUCCCGCUUUCCAUCACCCCGCCCCAUUCUCCCACAUUCCAUCACCCCGCCCCAUUCUCCCGCUUUCUAUCACCCGCCCCAUUCUCCCGCUUUAUAUCACCCCGCCUUAUUCUCCCGCUUUCAAUCACCCCGCCCCAUUCUCCCUCCUUCUGACACCCCCCCCCAUUCUCCCUCCUUCUUUCACCCCUCCCCAUUCUCCCGCUUUCCAUCACCCCAUCCCAUUCUCCUGCAUUCCAUCACCCCGCCCCAUUCUCCCUCCUUCCGUCACCCCGCCCCAUUCUCCCACUUUCCAUCACCCCGUCCCAUUCUCCCGCUUUCCAUCACCCCGCCCCGUUCUCCCUCCUUCCAUCACCCCUCCCCAUUCUCCCGCUUUCCAUCACCCUGCCCCGUUCUCCCGCUUUCCAUCACUCCGCCCCAUUCUCCCGCAUUCCAUCACCCCGCCCUAUUCUCACGCUUUCCAUCACCCCGCCCCAUUCUCCCGCUUUCCAUCAGCCGCCCCAUUCUCCCGCUUUCUAUCACCCCGUCCCAUUCUCCCGCUUUCCAUCACCCCGCCCCAUUCUCCCGCUUUCCAUCACCCCGCCCCAUUCUCCCGCUUUCCAUCACCCCGCCCCAUUCUCCCGCUUUCCAUCACCCCGCCCCAUUCUCCCGCUUUCCAUCACCCCGCCCCAUUCUCCCGCUUUCCAUCACCCCGUCCUGUCAGAAUAUGUUGUUUGUGUAG